GUACAGACAGACAUCAGUGUGGACACUAAGCAGCAGACUCUGACGGGCGUGGCCUUCCCUAUGCAGCGAGACGCCAKCCAGGCUCUGGAACAGUUCAGAGAGAAGAAGAUCAACUAUGUACAGCUGGAGAUAGAUUUUAGGAAUGAGUGUAUCAAGCUGUCCAGCACCACUCCUACAGAACUGAAGGACCUGCCCAAGAGGAUCCCCAAGGAUGCAGCCCGAUACCACUUCUUCCUGUACAAGCAUUCCCACGAGGGAGACUACCUCGAGUCUACAGUGUUCAUCUACUCCAUGCCGGGGUAUAAAUGUAGCAUCAGAGAGAGGAUGCUCUACUCCAGCUGUAAGAACCCUCUCAUCGAUACUGUGGAGAGCAACCUGCACAUCCAGAUAACCAAAAAGCUGGAGAUUGAUAACGGUGAUGAGCUCACCGCAGAAUUCAUGUACGAAGAGGUCCACCCUAAGCAGCACGCACACAAGCAGGCCUUCCCCAAACCUAAAGGCCCCGCGGGGAAGAAAGGGGGGCGCCGGAUCACUAGACCACCAGGGGAUGGGGAAGAAGACUAAUAAAAACACCCUCCAUUUUAGUCCACAAUGGACAUUCCGCUUAGUAUAUAAGAACCCUUUAUCUGGUUAUGUCCCAAAUGGCCCCCCUAUUCACUUUAUAGUGCACUACUGUUGAGUUAGGGCCUAUAGGGCUCUGGUUAAAAGGAGUGCACUAUAUAGGGGAUAGGGUUCCAUGUAGGACAUAGACCAUUGACAUGAAUCCCUCCUAAUGCCCUUUAACCUCAUAGACAACCAGCCUGUAGACUAUAUGAACUAUGCACACACAGACCACCACACUAAUAUAAUAUAAGCCAUGACACUCAAACCUGUGAACUUACUUACAUUAGUAGCUUGUUAUUUAGACAGACAGUAGGUGCUGUGUUUUCAUAAUGAGAGAGAGAGCGAACAUUUCCCUUUAGAGCUAUAGCUACAUAAUUUUUUUUUUCAAAUUAUUUGACAAAGUUUUUAAGACAUAUGGUUCCCAAUCCUGGUUCUGGAGAGCUGGAGGUGUUUUUAAGACAUAUGGUU